CAACAAAAUGGACGACGAAAGUACAGGUGUUGGAAUGUGACAAGUGCUCGAUAUAGUAUUUACAGGCCGUGGGGUCAGCAUCUCUGGUGACGAUGGAGCCGGAUCCAGAUGAACAGAUCCACCCAGGCUUGGAGUCCCUGGAUUGGGGCAAUGAUUCUAAAGGUACAACGCCUUCUGCCAAAUACAACAAGCUGUCGGAGCAGGCCAGGAAGCUGAUGUCGGCAGAGAAACAAUGUGCCAUGUUCUGUGGAGGCAAGAAGUGCAAGUACUGCACUUACAACCAGUGGAGCAAGAAGCAAAUGGACAUUGAUGGAAUCUACUCAAACUGGGUGACAGAAAAGAUACUGGCCAUGGCCAGGCCGACCCACAUGGCGAUAAAGGAGAAGAAACUACUGGAUGCAUUUGAAAAUGCAGGUAUUAAGACCGUGAUCAACCUACAGAUGCCUGGAGAACAUGCAUCUUGUGGGGAGGGGCUGGAUAAGAGUGGCUUCUCCUACGACCCUCAGCAACUCAUGGAGAAAGGAAUUUUCUUCUACAAUUUUGGAUGGAAUGACUAUGGAGUUGCCUCGAUGAGCACCCUCCUGGACAUUGCUAAAGUGAUGCAGUUUGGUCUGUCUGAGGGCAAGAUUGCUAUCCAUUGCCAUGCUGGUCUUGGUAGGACAGGACUGAUGAUUGCGUGUUACCUGGUUUUCACCAACAGAGAGCUGUCGAGCGAUGCUGUCCAGUAUGUUCGAUCCCGGAGACCCAACUCAAUACAGACUGGGGAACAAGUCCGGACUGUUGCUGAAUUUGAAGAGUACCUGAAGCCUUUCAGGAUCAUCUUCGCAUCUAAAGAUCCAGAUGCUCAUGACUUCUCACUGCGUCAAUUUCUCAAUCGUCAACAACAUAUACUACACGGGUUUGAAGCCAAGAAACUCAAGUAUAUUCCAAAAAUCGUGUAUGUGUGUUGUGAACGAUUGCUGGAGCUUGCCUCAAAAGGUAACUCUCUCAACAAGACCCGGAGUACAUUGUCCAUGUCAGAUCUAAAGUCUGACAUACUUAAAAGAACAAUUAGUGGUAAUUCCCUAGCAAAUAAUUCAAGUUCUCAGAUAUCGGUGCGUUCUAAUGAAAAUGCCCCGUCUGAUGAAGCGGGAUCUGAGACUGCCACAAGUGAACAUUUUGAAGAUUUAAAACAAAAAGAUUUUAAAGCUAAUGAUGUUAAUGGCAACGAAAAUGGUAAAGGUCAUAAAAAGAAAGGUGCUAACAACAAAAAAGACGAUUGUAUCGCAGACAGCAGAAAAGUUAAUCGAAAGUCAAAUUCCGAGGGAACCCUGUCAGGGUCAGAUAACUCUGUCAGUGAUAACACAGUUCAAGCCAGAGACAGUGGAAGUGCAUCUGGCUGUGGUAUAGAUUCCGGCUCAAGCAAGAGCUACACAUCAACAAGCCCUCAAGGGUCAUCGCCUGAAGAUCCGUCUCUCUGGAUUGUGGAGGCCUUAAUUGAGACAGACUAUUCUGAUAUUGUACUGAAGAAAGUAGCUGCUUUUGAGGAAGCACUGAACCAGACUGAUGAAGCUUGGAGCGUGAUAGCACAGGACCAGGAUCCGGUCGUCCUCAGUCUCCUCAUGUGGGAGUGGCUGGACCAGCUGAGUGAACCGGCUUUGUCAGCUCAGGAUUUGCUGACCCUGCUGGGGAGUCAUGAACCUCCGCUGGAUGCUCUGUUCAAGGUGGAGAAGGGGGUGAAGUACCUGCUGGAGUACGUCUCGCGAGUGAUCAUCAAGCUGCAGCCCAUCUCCAGCAGCCUCCAGCAGAGUCUCCUGGAACGUUUUCUGUCCCAUCUCACACACCAAUCAGUACGUCAGGAGGUCCUCUCCCGACACGGACCAGAGUCCAUGGAUGACUGGCCCAAGAUGAGGUCCAACACCACCAGGGACCUCAUCCGCUUUGUUGAAAAACUCAUCAAGAACAUGAAGGUCAAGGACAGCAAGAAGCGGUGAGAAAAGUAGUGCAUUGCUGGAGGGUGAUGUGUUUUGAAGACAGUGUCAAGGUCAAGGACAACAGGAAGCAGUGGAGAAGUUUACCACUGGGUAGAAGGUGCUUGUGCCGGAUUAGUGUCACCCUGGUGACCUUGAACUAGCCUGUGGUAUAUGAAGCUUAGAUAUUCACUGUUUCGGGUUAUUCCAACCCUUGACUUUCGUUCCGUUUUGAACUCUGUCAAGAGGUAGUCAGAGAGUGCAGAGUCAAGACAGUUUGUAUACAGUAUAUACACACAGACUAUCAGGCUUACUUAUGGACUCUGAAGGUGAUGUGUGUUGAAAACAGCACAGAGGCCAAGGCCUCACUGUUACACAGCAAGGAUAUGGAACGAAUGGGGGUCUGUAUGUGAAGCUAUAGUGGACUCUUAGUCUAGUGAACAACGUUCAAAACCACCAGUGUAAAAAAGCGAUUUAUGG